AUGUCGUCGACAACUUCAUUGUACCUCUAUCUUUCUCAACAAAUUACUUUAUAUAUGAACAUUCCGAUUUUAAUUGUCGGUGUUAUUGGUGGAAUAUUUAAUCUCAUGGUAUUUCUUAGUCUUAAAACUUUUCGACAAAGUUCAUGUUCAUUCUAUUUAAUGAUUAUGUCAUGGGUUAAUAUUGGUCAAUUAGUUACUGGUAAUUUAAGUCGAAUAAUGAGUUUUGGAUAUAAUAUUGAUUGGACACUAAAUUCAUUAUUUUAUUGUAAAAUAAGAUGGUAUUGUAUUCAGAUAUGUACAUUAACUUCAUAUGCAUGUUUAUGUUUUGCAACAAUUGAUCAAUAUUUAGCAACAUCAAAUCGUUAUCGAUGGCAACAAUGGAGUAAUAUUAAAUUAGCAUAUUAUCUUUGCUUAGCAUCCUUUAUUUUUUCAACGUUACAUGGAAUUCCUUCGAUUAUUUAUUAUACUUAUAGUCCAUCAAUUAUUACAACUAAACUUGUUUGUACUGUUACUAAUACCAUGUAUCAACAUUAUAGAACUUAUGGUUAUUUUUUAGUACUAGUAGGUUUUUUACCAGUUUUUAUUACUGUUCUUUUUGGAACAUUGGCAUAUAGAAAUGUUCAACAACUAGCUUAUCGAACAGUUCCACUUGUUCGACGUGAAUUAGAUAAACAAUUAACAAGUAUAGUUCUUGUACAAGUUGUUUAUAGUUUUAUUGUCAUUAUGCCUUAUGCAAUAUUUGUAACAAUAGCAACUAUAAUAGAUUUCGGAUCUGAUCCUGUUAUUAUUGCCAAAUUACAGUUUAUUGAAUCUUUAACCGGAGCUUUUUAUUAUUCAUAUUUUGCAGCUCCAUUUUAUAUUUAUGUUUUUGUAUCAAAACGAUUUCGACAACAAUUACUUUAUGUACUUAGUCCCAUUUUUAUUAAUAUUGCUAGGCAUCCACCAAUAAUUAGUAAUAAUCAAGUAGUACCAGAACUUAAUGGAAAUUAA